UUCUUCGGCGGCGGCUGGACGGGCCUGGGGCGCCGCCAUGGAGAGCGCGAGCCAGGAUAUCAACCUUAACUCUCCCAACAAAGGUCUGCUGUCGGAUGCCAUGACAGAUGUUCCCGUGGAUAGCGCGGCUUCGGCCAGGACCUCUGCGCCCGAGGGGCUGACUCUUGCUGAAGAGGAGGAGUUGAGAUCCGAGCUUGCCAAGGUUGAAGAAGAAAUUGGUACUCUCAGGCAAGUUCUGGCUGCUAAAGAGAGGCACUGUGGAGAGCUGAAGAGGAAGCUGGGUUUGACUCCCUUGGAUGGGUUAAAGCAAAACCUGUCUAAAAGCUGGCAUGAUGUCCAAGUCUCCAAUGCUUAUGUGAAAACAUCUGAGAAACUUGGAGAGUGGAAUGACAAAGUGACACAGUCUGACUUUUAUAAGAAGACCCAGGAAACCCUUUCCCAGGCAGGACAGAAGACUUCAGCAGCCCUUUCCAAUGUAGGUUCUGUUAUCAGCAGGAAACUUGGUGACAUGAGGGCUCACCCCUUCUCGAAUUCCUUUAGCAGUUACUCCAUUCGCCACUCGAUAAGUAUGCCAGCGAUGAGGAAUUCUGCAACCUUCAAGUCUUUUGAAGAUAGAGUUGGGACCAUAAAGUCCAGGGUGGUGGGCAGCAGGGAAAAUAGCACUGACGGCCUCCACUCCCCCUCCGGAGCUGGAGACAAGCCUCCACAAGACAACGCUCCAUUCUAGACCUGCCAUGUGGCUUUGCACGGCUGUGCACAACUGCAAGAGCGAGCCCACUCCCUCCCAAAUCUUCACAACGGCAACAUGCGAAUCCAAGAAGGGGCUGAGAGCCAGUCUGGAGAAAUCUAUCAUUCGUUCAUAGACACUGCUGCUGGAUCUAAGUCAAAUAAAGAGAAUGCAAAGUUUUGUACACAAAUAAUAUUUUACACUAAAGUUUGUAGAUUAAAUGUAUCACUGCUGUCCUUUUGGGAGAGCGUGUAAGAUGGAGUUUCCUUGAAGUAGCUCAGAAAUGCUGCUGGUAUAGAUAAAACCAGUUUUCCCUUGUCUGACAUAACUUGGAACAGAUACCUCGCCCUGAGUAGUGUGAGGAGGGCAGUUAUUGGAGAAGCCAAAUGCAUGGGGAUCUAACUUCAGCUUCUGGCUACGUUCUCUGUUCAGGGCAUGCCAUGCAGCUACUCGGUGAGCUCCCAGGCUUCUCCCCUUACUGUUUUCUCUGGCUCUCACCAGAGUAGUCUGGUAAAUGGGGUAAAUAGUUGGGUUUCUUUCUGGGCUCCCAAAAGGGAAACUUCACUUAGCAGCUGCCUCGUUGUUACACUAAUGCUCUAGCUUUAACAAAACUAAAAAUCUUUAUUUUUAAAUGCAAUGAACUUUAAAGAAAUAAAGCUUAAAAAAAAAAAAAGCAGCUUUGGCAUCAUAUUAGGGAGAUGCUCCCUUGGACUCUGAAGCUGAAUUGCAAGCCUUACAUCACCUUACGCUUUACUUGUUUAUGAUUUUUUUUUUCUAUAGAGAAGACUGUAAGGGUUAUAAAGCUGGAUGUUGAGCACUGGAGUUUUGCAUCAUACCGUAGUAGCAGCAUGCUUAGAAGCCAGCUCUUGUGUGAAAUUCAGUGGUGCACUCCGUUUCCUGAGUGUAUGAAACUUGCUUCUCCCUUCUCAGUUUAUGCCUUCGUUCGUGGAGGAAGAACUCCUGCUAGCACCAGGGCCAGACUAAAAAGGCCAGAGCUGCCUCUAGCAACACGGACGCUAUGUUGGGGGGACUCCGCUCUCUGCGGGCUCCUCCACUUGGUACAUG